GAGUGUGCAGAAAGCCAAGCGCAGGCUUCUCGGGUUUCACAUGCAUUUCUUUCUUCCUUUCUGCGCGUGUGAUUUCUUUCUUUCUUUCUUCCCUCCUGCUCCCCCUUUCCCCCUUCCUCUCCUCCUUUUGGUGGGUCUGAGGCAUCUGAGCCUUGGAAACCAGCGACUUCAAACUGCAGUAGCCCCUGGAGUCAGGAGGGUCAAGUUCAGCCGCCGGGGAGGAGGAAAAACAAAUCCCCAUUUGCCAAAAAAAGAAGUUUCAGGCCGGUGCCCCCUCCCCCUCGCAGCCCCACUCCCCCUCGCUGUCCUCUUUCUGGCUGAUUUUAAUUCUGCUCCUACCGGGCGCAGCGGAGGAACUGGAGGUGGUGGACCCGAGGGCGCCGCCGCCGCCGCCGCCGCCGCUGCAAGUUUCCUGGGGGCUCCUGACAAGCGGGGAGCAGACUAGGCACCGGCAUGCAGAGUAAUGUACAGAUCAGCUCUCAAAAUGUCUUCUGUGUCCUCCGAGCGUCUUCUAAGACAAUUGCAUUAGCUUCCUGCUAGUUGACUAAUAGAAUUAAUAAUUGUAAAAAGCACUCUAAAGCCACAUGCCUUAUGAAGUCAAUGCUGGGUAUGAUUUUACAAAUAUGGUCCGGAAAAAGAACCCCCCUCUGAGAAACGUUGCUAGUGAAGGCGAGGGCCAGACCCUGGAGCCGAUAGGUACAGAAAGCAAGGUAUCUGGAAAGAACAAAGAAUUUUCUGCAGAUCAGAUGUCCGAAAAUACGGAUCAGAGUGAUGCUGCAGAACUAAAUAAUAAGGAGGAACAUAACUUGCAUGUCCAAGAUCCAUCUUCUAGCAGUAAGAAGGACUUAAAAAGCUCAGUCCUGAAUGAGAAGGCUGGCUUCAAUUAUGAAAGCCCCAGUAAGGGAGGAAACCUUCCCUCCUUUCCACAUGAUGAGGUGACAGACAGAAAUAUGUUGGCUUUCUCAUCUCCAGCUGCUGGGGGAGUCUGUGAGCCCUUGAAGUCUCCUCAAAGAGCAGAGGCAGAUGACCCUCAAGAUAUGGCCUGCACCCCAUCAGGGGACUCGUUGGAGACAAAGGAAGAUCAUAAGAUGUCACCAAAGGCUACCGAGGAAACAGGGCAAGGGCAGAGUGGUCAAGCCAAUUGUCAAGGUUUAAGCCCAGUUUCAGUGGCCUCAAAAAACCCACAAGUGCCUUCAGAUGGGGGUGUAAGACUGAAUAAAUCCAAAACUGACUUACUGGUGAAUGACAACCCAGACCCGGCACCUCUGUCUCCAGAGCUUCAGGACUUUAAAUGCAAUAUCUGUGGGUAUGGUUACUAUGGCAAUGACCCCACAGAUCUGAUUAAGCACUUCCGAAAGUAUCACUUAGGACUGCAUAACCGCACCAGGCAGGAUGCUGAGCUGGACAGCAAAAUCUUGGCCCUUCAUAACAUGGUGCAGUUCAGCCAUUCCAAAGACUUCCAGAAGGUCAACCGUUCCGUACUUUCUGGUGUGCUGCAGGACAUGAAUUCUUCAAGGCCUGUUUUACUAAAUGGGACCUAUGAUGUACAGGUCACUUCAGGUGGAACAUUCAUUGGCAUCGGACGGAAAACACCAGAUUGCCAAGGAAACACCAAGUAUUUCCGCUGUAAAUUCUGUAAUUUUACUUAUAUGGGCAACUCAUCCACUGAACUAGAACAGCAUUUUCUUCAGACUCACCCAAACAAAAUAAAAGCUUCUCUCCCCUCCUCUGAGGGUGCAAAACCUUCUGAGAAAAACUCUAAUAAAUCCAUCCCUGCACUUCGAUCCAGUGAUUCUGGAGACUUGGGAAAGUGGCAGGACAAGAUAACAGUCAAGGCGGGAGACGACACUCCUGUUGGCUACUCAGUGCCCAUCAAGCCCCUUGAUUCCUCGCGACAAAACGGUACAGAGGCCACCAGUUACUACUGGUGUAAAUUUUGUAGUUUCAGCUGUGAGUCAUCUAGCUCCAUUAAACUGCUAGAACAUUAUGGCAAGCAGCAUGCAGCAGUGCAGUCAGGCGGCCUUAAUCCAGAAUUGAAUGAUAAGCUUUCCAGGGGCUCUGUCAUUAAUCAGAAUGAUCUAGCCAAAAGUGCAGAAGGAGAGCCAAUGACCAAGGCUGACAAGGGCUCAAGUGGAGCUAAAAAGAAGGACUUCUCCAGCAAGGGAGCAGAGGAUAAUAUGGUAACAAGCUAUAAUUGUCAGUUCUGCGAUUUUAGAUAUUCCAAAAGCCAUGGCCCCGAUGUCAUUGUAGUGGGGCCACUUCUGCGCCAUUAUCAACAGCUCCAUAACAUCCACAAGUGUACCAUUAAACACUGUCCAUUCUGUCCCCGAGGCCUUUGCAGCCCAGAAAAGCACCUUGGAGAAAUUACUUAUCCGUUUGCUUGUAGAAAAAGUAAUUGUUCCCACUGUGCACUCUUGCUGUUGCACCUGUCUCCUGGGGCAGCCGGAAGCUCGAGGGUCAAACACCAGUGCCACCAGUGUCCCUUCUCUACCCCUGAUGUAGAUGUGCUCCUCUUUCACUAUGAGACUGUGCAUGAGUCCCAAGCAUCAGAUGUCAAACAAGAAGCAAAUCAUCUGCAAGGAUCAGAUGGGCAGCAGACUAUCAAGGAAAGCAAAGAACACUCAUGUACCAAAUGUGAUUUUAUUACCCAGGUGGAAGAAGAGAUUUCCCGACACUACAGGAGAGCACACAGCUGCUACAAAUGCCGUCAGUGCAGCUUUACAGCUGCUGACACUCAGUCACUACUGGAGCACUUCAACACUGUUCACUGCCAGGAACAGGACAUCACUACAGCCAACGGCGAAGAGGAUGGCCAUGCCAUCUCCACCAUCAAAGAGGAGCCCAAAAUUGACCUCAAGGUCUACAGUCUGCUGAAUCCAGACUCUAAAAUGGGAGAGCCAGUUUGCGAGAGCGUGGUGAAGCGAGAGAAGCUAGACGACAAGGACGGGCUCAAGGAGAAAGCUUGGACUGAGAGUUCAGGUGACGAUCUUCGCAGCGUGGCUUGGAGAGGGGCUGACAUCCUACGAGGUAGUCCGUCCUAUACUCAAGCCAGCCUGGGGCUCCUGACGCCUGUGUCCGGCACCCAAGAGCAGACAAAGACUCUCCGGGAUAGCCCCAGUGUGGAGGCUGCCCAUCUGGCGAGACCUAUUUAUGGCUUGGCUGUGGAGACCAAGGGAUUCCUGCAGGGGGUGCCAGCCGGCGGAGAGAAGUCUGGGGCCAUCACCCCACAGUAUCCUGCAUCGGGAGAAAGCAAGUCCAAGGAUGAGUCCCAGUCCCUGUUACGGAGGCGUAGAGGCUCGGGUGUUUUUUGUGCCAAUUGCCUGACCACAAAGACCUCUCUCUGGCGAAAGAAUGCAAAUGGCGGAUAUGUAUGCAAUGCGUGUGGCCUCUACCAGAAGCUUCACUCGACUCCCAGGCCUUUAAACAUCAUUAAACAAAACAACGGUGAGCAGAUUAUUAGGAGAAGAACAAGAAAACGCCUUAACCCAGAGGCACUUCAGGCUGAGCAGCUCAACAAACAGCAGAGAGGUAGCAGUGAGGAGCAGGUCAAUGGAAGCCCAUUAGAGAGGAGGUCAGAGGAUCAUUUAACUGAAAGUCACCAGAGAGAAAUUCCACUCCCAAGCCUAAGUAAAUACGAAGCCCAGGGUUCAUUGACUAAAAGCCAUUCUGCUCAGCAGCCAGUCCUGGUCAGCCAAACUCUGGAUAUUCACAAAAGGAUGCAACCUUUGCACAUUCAGAUUAAAAGUCCUCAGGAAAGUACUGGAGAACCAGGAAAUAGUUCAUCUGUAUCUGAAGGGAAAGGAAGUUCUGAGAGAGGCAGUCCCAUAGAAAAGUACAUGAGACCUGCAAAACAUCCAAAUUACUCACCACCAGGCAGCCCCAUUGAAAAGUACCAGUACCCACUUUUUGGACUUCCCUUUGUACAUAAUGACUUCCAGAGUGAAGCUGAUUGGCUGCGGUUCUGGAGUAAAUACAAGCUCUCUGUUCCUGGGAAUCCGCACUACUUGAGUCAUGUGCCUGGCCUACCAAAUCCUUGCCAAAACUAUGUGCCUUAUCCCACCUUCAAUCUGCCUCCUCAUUUUUCAGCUGUUGGAUCAGACAAUGACAUUCCUCUAGAUUUGGCGAUCAAGCAUUCCAGACCUGGGCCAACUGCAAAUGGUGCCUCCAAGGAGAAAACAAAGGCACCACCAAAUGUAAAAAACGAAGGUCCCUUGAAUGUAGUAAAAACAGAGAAAGUUGACAGAAGUACUCAAGAUGAACUUUCAACAAAAUGUGUGCACUGUGGCAUUGUCUUUCUGGAUGAAGUGAUGUAUGCUUUGCAUAUGAGUUGCCAUGGUGACAGUGGACCUUUCCAGUGCAGCAUAUGCCAGCAUCUUUGCACGGACAAAUAUGACUUCACAACACAUAUCCAGAGGGGCCUGCAUAGGAACAAUGCACAAGUGGAAAAAAAUGGAAAACCUAAAGAGUAAAACCUUAGCACUUAGCACAAUUAAAUAGAAAUAGGUUUUCUUGAUGGGAAUUCAAUAGCUUGUAAUGUCUUAUGAAGACCUAUUAAAAAAUAAUACUUCAUAGAGCCUGCCUUAUCCAACAUGAAAUUCCCUUCUUUCAUUAUUCUUUCUUUUGAUGAGUAGGUUACCAAGAUUUAAAAGUGAGACAAAUGGUUAGUGAGAAAGAAUAGAAGAUGGUAAACAAUCACUUUCAAAACCUAGUAAGUCAAAACCACCUUGACUAAUGUGUACUGGUGAAUCAAUCCAUUCGACAUCCCACCAGACUUUAUUUAUUACUUUUGUGAAGGGAUUAAAAACUGUCUAGAAUUUGAAAGGGUUUACAUAUUAUGAUACUACAGCAGUAUUGGGCUGGCCAUUGGCCCGUUUGUUCAAAAACCCAGAAAUUGUUCCCUAAAUUUAAAAGUAUUGUGAAAUCCUAGGCAGAUGAGGAGAUUUGAAUCUCCAGGGCAGUGGAAGGAAAAUGGCGCCCUCUCAAAUCAAUCUCCCCUCAUUGACCAUGUUGCAGAUUUGGACCUUGAAAUGCGAACUGUGGUUAGGCUUGGUGAGAGAGCAGCAAGAAAGGUGACAGAUGGUGGCACGAUGUUUUGGGCCAGCCCUGCCUGUACAUACACAUGCACACCCUCUUUGAUAUUUUUGUCCUUUAGAUGUUCAAAUACUCAGUAGUUCUUUUGUUUGCAGUUUAGGUUCAAUUUGUCCAAAUAUAUAUCCAUUUCAAAAAACAAUGUCCUCAGUGCUUAUGUAGUAAUUUUAUUUCAGAUAUUUCUUUCUUGUUUAUGAUGAACCAGUUUCGAUUUGUUUUUUUUAAGCCUCCUGUUGAUCACUAAUCUCACUUGGCACAUUAUAACUAAAGGACUCCCCUCAAAUCAAAAGAAUAGACGGAUACAAAUGUCAGACCGUGAGUUUAAUUUGCUUAGAACACAUGGUAUUUUUCCACAAGGUAACCUGCUGUAUUUAUUUAUUUUCUUUUGGUUAAAUAUAAUUUCCAAACUUUGUGGUCAGGCAGCGUCUAAGGUUACGUUACCACAGACUGACAGUUGGUAUAUGUACCAGUCAUUACCCUUCAUUAGGUUUAUACAGGUUUAGUUAAGUAGCAUUAAAUAGGAUUCUUAGAAGUAUGUCUUCAUAGUACUUUUAAUACUUAAGGCUUUGUAAAAACUAUCCAUGAAGGGAAAGCUCCUCAGCAUAACUGCUCAGGGAAAUAGGGCUAAAUAACUGAACAUUAAAUAAUUGGUUAAAGGUGCUGUUAGUCGAGCCUCAAUGCUUGCUACAAGGAUGUAUGUACAAGGACUGACUUUAAUAAUUUGCAUUAUAUUGUCCCAACCAGUAGUUUAUUUUUUGCCACGGAGAUGUAGAAGAUAUUACAAGCUACUGGAUGCACUGUCAGAUUAACUUAUUUCAUUAAAGAAGUUGGGAGAACAAAUAGGAAAAAAAAACUUAUUUUUCUAGUAAAUAUUAAUGUAUUACAUUUCAAAUAAUGGUGCCUGACAUAUUGAAUAAUUAUUUUCUACAGUGUACGUAUGCAACAAAGAUAUUCCAUCAUGCAUUAGAGUCAGUUCUGGCUCUGCCUAGCUGUUUACAUUUGCAAAUGUAGCAAACAAGGUAAUGAAGCAACUAUUUCUAUUGCAGUAGAUAUCUUUUUGUGUGUGUGUGUGUGCAUUAAAGUUGUAAACGGUAACAUGAAACAAAUGAAAGUUCUUGAUAUAAUGGUAUGGAAACAAGAAGGAAAUGAAAAUAUUUUUAUGCCUACUUAGGAAAAAAAGGGUAGCACUAUUCAUUCCAAGUUUUUUUGUUUUUUUGUUUUUUUUUUUACUUUUUAAGCUCUUACUCACAUUGUUAUGCUUAAGAUGAUAAACAUAUAUCCUCUUUUUAUUGCUUUGUCUAUGUUUCAGAUGAAACAUUUCAGAAAUUAUUUUGAUAAGUGUUGCUGAAUCCGCAGCACUGAUGUGUUUAUUGCAUUCUGUAGUCGCGUUUGCACUCCAUUUUUACAUUAACUUGCAGUUGCUUUGUAUUGUUUUGUUUUGUUUGGGUUUGUUUCUUUCUCACAGUGCCGGGUCUUCGUUUCUUAAAGUUGGAUGGCAGGUAGCGCUCAACCAGUUCGUGACUGUUGUAGUGAAUGAAGUUAAAAGUAUCUUUCUAAUGUUGUGUUGUCAUUUCCAUUCUUGCAUUUUUUUUUGUUUUCAUGUAAAAAAAAAAAAAAGAAAAAGAAAGAAAAAGAAAAAAAAAAAAGCGAGAGAGAAAUCAGGACUAAGUCCUUUGCUUCAGUUUCAUUGUUAAAGGGCCCUAUUCUGAUCUCACCUGUCCCUAGCUCUAAUAUUCACAUAAACUAAAAUAAAGAGGUGGAAUGAGGAGCUUUGACGUUCAAAUGAUUUGACAUAA